AUGGCAAAGAUCAAAGUCGAAAAUCCGGUCGUCGAACUCGAUGGCGACGAGAUGACACGUAUCAUCUGGACCUUCAUCAAGGACAAGCUGAUCCAUCCCUAUCUCGACAUCGAUCUGCAAUAUUACGACCUCUCCAUUCAAAAGCGCGACGAAACCGACGACCAGAUCACCGUCGACGCAGCCAAUGCCAUCAAGGAGCACGGGGUUGGGAUCAAAUGCGCAACCAUCACGCCCGAUGAAGCCCGUGUCGAGGAAUUCGCCCUCAAGCGCAUGUACCGGUCUCCCAACGGCACGAUCCGCAAUAUUCUGGGAGGCGUCAUUUUCCGCGAACCGAUCAUCAUGCAGAACGUCCCUCGGCUGGUUCCCGGUUGGACACAGCCGAUCAUCGUCGGCCGCCAUGCCUUUGGAGAUCAAUAUCGAGCGACAGAUUUCACGUUCCCGGGCAAGGGCAAGCUGACAAUCAAGUUUGUCGGCGAGGACGGAACCGAAAUCGAGCGCGACGUCUAUGACGCCCCCUCCGCCGGUGUCGCAAUGGCCAUGUACAAUCUUGAUGACUCGAUCCGUGAUUUCGCCCGCGCGUCACUGAACUACGCGCUGCAACGCAAGGUGCCCUGCUAUCUUUCCACCAAGAACACGAUUCUCAAGGCUUAUGACGGGCGUUUCAAGGAUCUUUUCCAGGAGAUCUACGAUGCCGAAUUCAAGGACGGAUAUGCUGAUGCGGGUAUCUGGUAUGAGCAUCGCCUGAUCGAUGACAUGGUCGCCUCUGCACUCAAGUGGUCAGGCGGUUAUGUCUGGGCCUGCAAGAACUAUGACGGUGAUGUCCAAUCCGACACAGUUGCGCAAGGGUUCGGUUCUCUCGGUCUGAUGACUUCGGUUCUGAUGACACCAGACGGCAAGACCGUGGAAGCGGAAGCUGCCCAUGGCACGGUUACGCGUCACUAUCGUCAGCAUCAGAAGGGCGAAAGCACGUCGACCAAUUCGAUCGCCUCGAUCUUCGCCUGGACCCGUGGCCUUGCCCACCGGGCGAAACUAGACGGCAAUGACAAGCUGGCCGGUUUUGCCAGGACGCUUGAAAGCGUUUGUAUCAAAACCGUUGAAUCCGGUUACAUGACCAAGGAUCUUGCCUUGCUCGUGGGUCCGGAUCAGGGCUGGCUGACGACAACGGGUUUUCUCGACAAGAUCGAUGAAAACCUGGCGAAGGAAAUGGCGGAUCUCUAG